AUGGAUCCCUUGUCAAUUACCACGGGCUGUCUCAGCCUUCUGAGUGCGAUUGCCAGUACUACCAUCGCCAUUUCUGGCUUUGUUAAGGGCUGCAGGGAAGCACGGCGUGACCUGACAGAUGUCUCUCGUGAGCUAUCAGACCUCAAGAUCGUGCUGGAACUCCUCAAAGAUGAUAGCGAAGCAGUCGGAGAGGCUGCCAUUCCCGAGGCAAUGCACUCCCAGAUCAAAUCUCUUCUAACAGGCUGCCAUGGUGUCAUUCUCACCGUUGACAAGGUCAUUCAAAGACAUGAAGGUCGCCUCGCAGCUGUCAAGUGGGUAGCCGAUGGGAAGAAGGAGGUCGCCUACCUUCGGCAGUCUCUAGAGGCGUAUCGCGGAACUCUUAGCUUAACUUUGGAGACCGUCAAUCUAUCUGUCACCAAGGCGAUCAAGGUCGACACAACCGCACUGAAGAGUGACACUGCUGAUAUCAAGGAAGACACGUCACAAAUUCUGGCUGAAAUUGCGCGCCUGAGGUCUUUGCUUUCUGAGGAGCAGCAGGAUAAUGUGAUACUGGAGCGUUACCUUGACAGUAUUACGAGCUAUGCCGAGACAGUUUAUGACGAAGCUGUUCGAGACGGAAGCAUCAAUGAAGGCAUUUCAAGUACAGCCUCGUGA